UUGAAAGAAAUUCUAAGUUUUUCUCUUGCGGCGGAUCCCCUUGCCGCCCAUGGCGCCGGCCCUCCUCUUCCUCCUCCUCCCCAUUGCUGUCGCCUCGGGCACUUUGUUAUCGCAAUCGGAUGAGGCUGGAUAUAUCUCCUCCGUGGUUUCCGAAGCGGGCCUCGUCUUUGCCAAGGACCUACUCGUCGAACGGGCCGUGGACUCGCUCACCCUACUCCGCCUCCCUGGCAUCGAGAAGGAUGUCCGAAUUCCUGUCGUCGGAGUGGUGCACAUGGGCGCCUCCAACAUUACCCUCUCCUCCAUCAACGUCUCCUCCUCCACGGUCAAGCCCGGGGAAUCCGGGAUCGUCAUCGUCGCUUCCGGUGCUAGCGUGAGCUUGAGCUUUGAUUGGUUCUAUUCUUACAGUACUUGGCUUGUUCCUAUCAAGGUCUCCGAUAAAGGGACGGCUUCUGUUCAGGUUGAAGGCAUGCAAGUUGGGCUAACCAUAACCUUGGAUAAUAAGAAUGGAACACUGGAGUUGGCUGUUUUGCAAUGUGGUUGUUAUAUGGAAAGUUUAGUCAUUACUUUGGAUGGAGGAGCAUCUUGGUUUUAUCAAGGGUUUAUAUAUGCUUUUGCAAAUCAUAUCAGAUCAUCUGUGGAAGAUGCAAUUAUAAAGAAGAUUACUGAAGGGUCAGAAAAACUUGAUUUGUUACUGCAAACUCUGCCAAAGAAAAUUGAUGUUGACAAAAUUUCUUCUCUAAAUACUACAUUUGUGGACGAGCCUAUUCUCACAAAUUCUUCACUUCAGCUCAAUAUUAAUGGCUUGCUUAUUUCAUCAAACAAAAUUCAUGCUCAAAAUUAUCUUUACAAGGUAUCUCAGCUAUCAAAUUCAUGUGAUGGGGCACAGAAAAUGCUUUCAAUUACAUUGGCUGAAGCUGUAUUUAACUCCGCAUCUGUUAUAUAUUUUCAGGCUGGAUUGCUGCAUUGGAUGGUCAACAAGGUACCUGAGCAGUCCCUUCUGAACACAGCUAGCUGGAAAUACCUUAUUCCUGAACUGUACAGGAAAUAUCCUAAUGAUGACAUGAUACUGAAUAUGUCACUGACGUCUCCUCCAAAUGUGUGGAUUACAUCGCAGAAAGUUGGGGCGAAUGUCCUUUUAGAUAUGAUUGUCAAUAUCUUGGAUGGAAGUUUAACAAUUCCUGUUGCUUGCAUAUCAAUGGUGGUUGAUGUCUCUGGGGUUGUUGCAAUUUCUGGGAAUAAUCUAGCUGGUCAAGUUGGAUUGGAUAGCUUCUCUCUUUCUUUGAUAUGGAGUGAUGUAGGCAAAUUUCAUAUGAAUUUAAUACAGGGAAUAUUGCAGGUCUUUCUAAACACAGUAUUUGUUCCAUACGUUAAUAUGCAUCUUAGGCAAGGCUUUCCUCUUCCUAUUGUUCGUGGUUUUGCCCUCCAAAAUGCAAGCAUCCUGACGACCAGCUCAGCAGUGGUUGUAUGUUCAGAUGUAGUAUUUAUCAAUUCGACUAGUUUGCACUCUUCUUUAUAGGAGGCAACACAAGACUCCACGGAGAAUAUUUGUUUGGAGGGUCUACUUUGUACGCUCUGCACAGAUAUUUACACUUAAUUCAUAAUUUGGUUGUGUAAUUUUAGCAUCCAUGUAUUUAGCCACUGACGUUAUUCCAAGUUAGUGUACCAAUGGCACAGUGUGUGUAUA